AACAGUGAGGUGGAGUCACCUGCUGAGGAGUUGGGGCGAGGGAAGAGGGAGAAGAAGAGAAACCCUAAGUACGUUCACUUGCUCAUGACUCCAUGGAAGAACGUGCAUACCCAUCUUCUCCUAACCAUAUCAGCAACUGCACUAGUAUCACGGGCAAGACGGGAGGCGUAUGGGCUGCCUAAUGAGCCCUUAACAGUGGAAGAGGCCUUGACAGGACCACAAAAGGAGCAGUGGAGAGCUGCUAUUCAGGAGGAGCUGGAUACACUAGCAGAGAGGGGCACUUGGGAGUUAAUGCCCAUGCCAGAGGGAAGGAGUGCAGUCGGGGUGAAAUGGGUCUUCAAGAUUAAGACAGGAGACAAGGGGCAGCUGGAGCGGUUUAAGGCUAGGUUAGUGGCGAAGGGCUACACACAGGUAGAGGGGAUCGACUACACCGAUACUUAUGCUCCUGUAAGCAAGCUGACGACUGCAAGGGCAUUUCUCAAGGUUAUAGCAGCAAGGAACUACUUUCUAGUGCAGCUGGACAUCAAGAACGCUUUUCUGCAUGGGGUAGUUAAGGAGGAGCUGUAUAUGGAGCAGCCACCAGGGUUUGAGGACGGCACUAACAAGAAGUGCAAGCUUAUUAAAGCACUAUACGGUCUGAAGCAGAGUCCCAGGGAGUGGAACAAGGUGAUGGACGAGAGGCUGCUGAAAGGGGGAUUUCAUAAGAGUGAGUGUGACAGGGCGUUCUACUGGAGGGGAGCUGGAAAGGAGAAGGUGUACCUACUGCUCUACGUGGAUGAUAUUCUAGUGGCAGGGGCACUUCCAGGGGAGGUAGAAAAGGUGUGUGAGCACCUCGCUGAAGAGUUCCAAGUGAAGCAGAUUCCGAGGACGACGCUGUUUCUGGGGAUGAAUCUGGAGAGGAACAGGGAAGAGAGGAAGCUGUUCUUAUAUCAGCAGAAGUACUGCAAGAGGGUGGAGCAGAAGUUUGGUCAUGGCUAUGCGAAAGCCAUUACUACACCGCUAAGUGGAAUGGCAGAAAGUGAUAAUGAGAGUGAAGAGGAUGUGCUGAAGUGGGAUGGUCAGGAGCGGGCGCUGCAGAUGUACCAGUCUAUGGUGGGACAAGUUAUGUACCCAGUCUCAUGCACCAAGGUUGACAUGGCCUAUGCAGCAAGCUACUUGGGGCAGCACGCACAGCAGGGGAGGAAAUGGAGGGAGAUGAGGCGGACAUUAGAUUACCUGCUGCAGCAUCAGGAUGAGGGUUUACUAUUUGAAGGAGGAGAGGAGACAUUGGAGCUGGUGGGGUAUGCUGAUGCCUCACAUGCAUCAUGCAAGGAAACCAGGAGAGGGGCAUAUGGAUAUGUGUUCCUACUCGGAGGGACAUCUAUUACGUGGCAAGCUAAGAAGUUGGCAGAUAUAGCACUUUCAAGUGCUGAAGCGGAGUACAUGGCAUUGUUCUUUGCAUGCCAAGAGGGAGUGUGGUUGAGGAGGUUGCUGAACGAGUUUGAGAUAGACGUGAAGGGGCCUACAGUGGUAAGGACGGAUAGCAAGUCAGCUAUGGACUUGGCAAAGAACGACAACUGGCACGGGAGGACUAAGCACAUGGAUGUAAAAUAUCACUGGGUGAGGGAGCAGUUAGAGAAGCAGCAGUUCAAGUUCGAGUUUGUGCGCACUGAGGAGCAGGCAGCUGAUUUCUUGACCAAGGUGCUGCCAAGGGCCAACUUUGAGUACUGUAAGGAGAAGGUCGGGAUACGUACCUUGAAGGACAUGCAGGGGAGUGUGAAGGUAACUUAGAGGGUGUGGCUGGCAGAACCACAGGGGAGGUUGUUGGAGUGGUUCCGCCACCCACAACGGACUACUCGUGACUUGGGGUGACGAGGAGAGAAAUGCGGACUUGGGGACGAGAAGGAACUAGGAAGCGGGUAUUGCGUGAGCGUGAGGUGUACGGAAAGGAGAGAAGAAAGAGAGAAGGUUGAAGGAAAGAGUGAUUGAGUGGAAGAAAGGAAUGGAAUUGACGAGAAACAGAUUGACGUGGGGCAAAAGUUGGGUUUCGGACGGGGCGUGUUCAACAAGCAUUCGGACUUCGGACCAGCGGCGUGUUCAGCAAGAUAGUCGCGGUUGCGUGUGCGACUCGGCUUGACACGAGGCGCGCGAGUUACUCGCAGCGCACACGGCAGUUACGAAGCGCGAAAUCGUUUGUACUUCCACUAUAAAUCUGUUUGAACAUUUGUGCUUUGUAUCUCAUUGUUUCUAGUGGAAAUUGCUGCCAUUUCGUAUUGACGA